UUCCCUGAGUGUGAAUAUAAAGCGUGUGUCAGACGUGUCAGCGGCAGUGUCGCGGAGCUGUCGCCGCCAUCAUGUUGUGUGUCGCGUUGCUGAGUGUCGCGGUCGUGUGCGCGGGCGCAGCGCAUCAUCAUCACGUGCAUGAUCAUCAGCAUGGAGCGGGCACGAGCCCAGCUUCACCAGAUCCGGUGACGCGCAGCGUGUCUGGUGAGUUCGUGGGCUCGUGGAUGACGUCACGGCGCGGCAGACGCUUCCAGGCGUACCGGGGGAUACGAUAUGCUGAGCCGCCUGUUGGGGAGCUGCGGUUCCAGCCUCCAAAGCUGAUCACGAACUACAGUCGCGAGGUGGACGCGCGGAGUGAGGGCCCCGCGUGUCCGCAGCCCGUCUACAACGACUACCCCGUGCACGAGGACUGUCUGCGACUCAAUGUCUAUACGCCGGCUGAAGGAAAGGCCAAGAAGCUGCCGGUGCUGGUUUUCAUGCACGCGGGCGGCUUCUACUCGGUGUCGGGGCGCAGCGACGUGGCGGGGCCCGAGCAUCUGCUGGACCGCGACCUCGUGCUCGUCACCAUCAACUACCGCCUCGGAUCGCUCGGUUUCCUGAGCACGGGCGACGCGCUCGCCCCCGGUAACAACGGCUUCAAGGACCAGGUGGCGGCCCUCAAGUGGGUGCAGAGGAACAUCGCGGCGUUCGGCGGAGACCCCGACCUCGUCACCAUCGCGGGGUACAGCGCGGGCUCCUUCAGCGUCAUGCUGCAUAUGAUCUCGCCCAUGUCUAGAGGUCUGUUCCACCGCGCGAUGUCAAUGAGCGGCUCCCCGAUCUCUCAAAUCGAGAUCCCUCGUCACCAGCGCCACCUGGCGGAGCGACAGGCGCGACUGCUCGGCUGCCCCACUGACUCCUCGCGAGCCAUCAUCGACUGCCUCAAGACUAAGAGUAGCAAGGAGAUCGGGGACUCGCUUGAUAAGAUGUUUGACUUCGGCUACGACCCAGUGUUACUGUGGGUGCCGAUACACGAGCAGGACUUCGGGCAGGAGAUGUUCCUGCCGCGACAGCCACUGGAGGCGCUCUGCAGCGCAGACCUGGCGCAGGUGCCCUACAUCAUCAGCCAGACGCAGGACGAGUUCUUCUGGAAGGCACUUGACGUUCUCCGCAACCCGUCGGCCUUCGAGUCGUGGCGCGCGGACUGGCCCGGCAAGGCGCGCGUGGCGCUCUACCUCGCCGGAGACAACGCCACGGCCACCACCGCCGCCAACAGGCUGAAGCAGGCCUACCUGGGCGGCAAGGAUAUCGCCAACGAUACGGCCACUGGGGACGGCUUCGGGAAACUUUAUUCUGAUGCUAUCAUUGGAUUUGGAGCACACAGACUAGUGAACCUGAUGUCUCGUCACCUGCGGCAGCCGCUGUACUACUACGAGUUCGGGUACAUCGGCAACAGCAGCCACUACCUCGACCCCGACACCAAGAAACCCAUCGCGGCCGCUCACCACGACGACCUGCUGUACCUGUUCAACGUGAGCUACAACUUCCCGUCCAUCCCGCCGGCCGACACCAACGACUCGCUCAUGGUCGACAAGAUGACUGCUCUCGUAUACAACUUCGCUAGAUAUGGUGACCCGAACCCGAAGCCUGACACUCCGGAGCUGGCCGGUCUCUCGUGGCCUCAGUACAAGCCUGCCGAGAGGAAGUACCUCCGAGUGGACGCGCCCUUCGCGGUCAGGGAGAAACUCUUCGAGGACAGGUUCCGAGUGUGGGAGGAACUGUUUCCUUUGGACUAUCAGAAGUGUAACCGUCAGCCUCCCUACAUCGUGCACAGACGCUCACAAGCCAUGUGUCUGCGCGCGCUGCUGUGUGCGCUGUGUGUCGCUGUGUGCGCGCACGCAUACAAACACAACACAGAACACACCAAUGUUAUCUCUUCGACCGUGGCGCCUUCUGGGCCCCUGACGCGAGGCGUGUCGGGGGCGUUCCGCGGCUCCUGGAUGGAGACGCGCCGCGGGAGACGCUUCCAGGCCUACCGGGGGAUACGCUAUGCUGAACCGCCUGUAGGAGCACUCAGGUUCCAGCCACCCAAACUGAAGCUGAACUAUGAAGGGGAAGUGGACGCGAGCAAGGAAGGUCCCGCGUGUCCGCUGCCGGCGCCUCCGGGCUACUACGUGGACGAAGACUGUCUCACUGUCAACGUUUAUACUCCCGCACAUAAUGCGUCUCACCCCCUGCCGGUGAUCUUCUUCAUCCACCCGGGCGGGUUCUACGCGUUCUCCGGGCGCAGCGACCUGGCGGGGCCGCACUACAUGCUCGACAGAGACGUCGUGCUCGUCACCAUCAACUACAGGCUGGGCUCUUUAGGUUUCAUGAGCACGGGUGACGUGUACGCUCCCGGCAACAAUGGUAUGAAGGACCAGGUGGCGGCGCUGAAGUGGGUGCAGAGGAACAUCGCGGCAUUCGGCGGUGAUCCCAACCUCGUCACCAUCACCGGCUGCAGCGCGGGGUCCAUCAGUGUCCUGUUGCAUAUGAUGUCUCCUAUGACUAAAGGACUAUUCCACCGCGGCAUAGCAAUGAGUGCGUCUCCGAUUACCAAGGCCAUGACUACCCUGACCCACCAGCGCCACCUCGCCGUGCGCCAGGCGGAGAUCCUCAACUGUCCCACACACAACUCCUCAGCUAUUGUUGACUGUCUCUUCAAGAAGCCCUGGAAGGAACUUGGAGACUCACUCCCCAAGUUCUGGGAGUUCGGUCCAGGUGACCCGGUGGGUCUGUGGGGCCCGGUGGUGGAGCCUGACUUCGGGCAGGAGCGCUACCUCACCAUGAACCCCCUGGAUGCCGUCAAGCAGGGCAAGAUGCACACCGUGCCUCUCAUCAUCAGUCAGACCACCGACGAGUUCUUCUGGAAGGCUUACCAGGUCCUGCUAAACGAAACUCUCUUGAAAUCAAUGAACGAUGACUGGGAGAAAAUCGCACCGAUCUCGUUCAUGUUGCCCCAGGAGAACAGACCCGCGGCUGUGAAGAAGCUGAAGGAAGUUUAUUUCAAAGGAAACAAGAUUGCAAACGACACAGAGAGUGCCAAAGCGCUGGGGAGGCUGUAUGGAGACUCCAUCGUUGGGUUUGGAGUUCACAGGAUGGCAAACCUGAUGUGUCGUCACUCAACGCACCCGGUGUGGUACUCCGAGUUCGCUUACGUCGGGAACAACUCGCACUACGAGGAUCCUAAUGGAAAACCACAAGGUGCCGCCCAUCACGACGACCUGCUGUACGUGUUCACGCUGAGCUACAACUUCCCCACCAUCGAGGUCAGCAGCCCGCACUCGCACGUCGUCGACGAGAUGACGGCUAUCUGGUACAACUUCGCAAGAUACGGGGACCCGAACCCUCGCGGAGAUACGCCAGAGCUGGGCAACCUGACGUGGCCCGCCAUGACGCCCGACCGGAGGCUGUUCCUCCACCGAGGUGACAAGCUGCUCAUCCAGCAGAACUUGUUCGAAGACCGGUUCAAGGUCUGGGAGGAACUGUACCCCAUACCGUAUUGA